AUGCCCGUGUCUUCAUUCGAACACAUUUAUAAAGAUACCAAUCUGGCUCAAUCCGUUCUGACAAGGGCAGGUAGGUGGAACUGCGCAACCGAGACCAUAGAGGCGGCCGUGGCUGCGCUUGGCGGGGGCACUGAUAAGGUGCCUGAGCACCAGUCAGGUGAGGCGAGUUCGGACCUUGAGCCCCCAUCGGAGGUUUUCUCGGAAGCGCCCGAAAUGGAGGCCGACGAUUUUGAAGAAGCUUCCUUUUAUGCUGGGGGUCUUGGCUCGAUUGUUCGCGUGGACAGCAGUAGCAAUCUGCCAGUAGUUUUCCGUCACAGAUCGAGUAGGGUAGUGCAUAUUUCCAGAGAGGAUCAUCCUGAUGACGAGGGUGAAAUGUCAGUUUUGGUAUGCGGUAGGGUCGCGAACGCCAUGGCGGCAGUAGAUUCCGAAGCGCUCUUCAAGGCGAAGCGCAGGCAACUAAAGUUGCCCGACGACGCUGCGACCAAAAUGACUGCCAAGGGGUGGACAGCGUAUGGCGCCUUUGCUUUUGCGGUCCCCGGUGAUCCGGGCAAAAUCUCCGAUUCAGAUUUUCGAAGCAUUGUUUGCCAGCCUGUACUUGGGAGCGAGCAAGAACACGUGCCUAAGUUGAGGAGACUCCACUUCGAAGCAUUCGCGAUCACGGCUGCGGAGCUGAAGCGCACUGCCGAGGUGCAGGAGUCGGACCAACCGCGGAAGUUGCCAGCGGUCGAGCUUGCUGCGCGCUACGAUGUUCUUCAGCAGAGGGUCAAGCCGCUGAGGUUGGUGGACAAGUUGGAGCCAUCGCAAGCACUGGUCAAUCAUGCCGCACAUAUGUUGGAGGAGCAGAGAAUCAAGUACGUCGAGUGGUUUCGAUGUACCUCUCGUGCGCAGGAGGUGAAUGCAGUGAAAGAAGAUUCAUCACUGAAGCUCCUCCAGAGUUCGAAGGAGGGAGCCGUCCUCCUGCGUGAUCCGGAGUCCGGGUUGCGAGCCUCUACUGGCUCAGAUCUUGAGGUCAUGCAGGCGCUGCGCAGACGUGGGGCGGCCUAUGAUCUGGCAGCCAUCAUGUCCUUCGAGGCCCAUGAGAAGCUCAUCGAUGCCUUGUUUUCAGAAUAUCGAUGGGAGGUAACGCCGGGUCAUCAUCCUGUGUCUUUCUCCCAGCUGCAGAUGGUGGACAGAGGGCCAUCCGAGAUGACGCGGUCAGGUUUGGCACCUACGGCCUCAGGGGGAAUGCCCUUAGAUGAUGUCAUAGUCCAGGUCCUUGCUUUGCCGGCCAUCCACUGGAAGCGUAAGGCCGGCUCGAUGCAGGAGUCAGCAACGCAUGCUGCCGACAAGUCG